UUUUUCAAAGUUUUUUUUGUUAAAAUGGUUCUUCAAACGGCAUUGAAUUAUCUUAGUCAGGCAAGCUCUCAAUUUGGACUGUCAGCUGAUCAACAUGCUUUAAUUGGUCAAACUAUUGAGGUUGGCAGUGAAUCGUAUACUGUUCGGUCUUUAAUUGCUGAGGGCGGUUUUGCUCUUGUGUUCGCUGUACAAGAUGUGAGGAAUGGUGAAUGGUUUGCGCUAAAAAGACAACUGGCUCAUGAUAAAGCGACAGCAGAAUCAGUUUUGCGUGAGAUGAGAUUUAUGAAACAAUUGAAUGGACAUCCAGCAAUUGUACAUUUUGUUCAUUCAACGCAACUUGACGGCUCAAAAACUAUGCAAAGGCAUCAGCAAUGUUAUGCCGAAUUUUUAAUUUUGACUGAAUUGUGCUCUGGUGGCCCUCUAAUUGACUAUUUACAAAAGAUGGAAUUGAGCACAGAACAAAUUUGUAAAAUUUUCUAUUCAACUUGCUCUGCUGUUCAACAUAUGCAUGAUCGCAAUCCACCUAUUACACAUAGAGAUAUUAAGAUUGAAAAUCUCCUUUUUGACUCUCGUGGCUUUAUUAAGCUUUGUGAUUUCGGAAGUGCUACAACUGAUAUUUACAGACCUAAGGAUGAUUGGAACGCAUUAAUGCGCUCACAAUUGGAAGAGGAGAUGUCAAAACACACAACACCAAUGUAUCGUGCACCUGAGAUUUUAGAAACAUAUCAAAACUAUCCGAUAGGGCCUGCGCAAGAUAUUUGGGCUCUUGGUUGUGUACUUUUCUAUAUCUGCUUUAAAGUGCAUCCGUUUGAAGAUAGUGCUAAACUUAGAAUUAUAAACGCAAAAUACUCAAUAACUAGCAAUUCUCCAUUUCGAAUAUUUCACGACUUAAUUAAAAUAACACUUCAACCUGAUCCGUACUCCCGUCCUACAAUUCAAGAUUUGUGUGAACAGUACGGCCAGUCUGUUAAGUUUUUCGAUCGUGGGAUGAAUUUAAUUAAGACGAUUAAAGAGAAGACUCCAGUCACAAAUUUAUCUGAACAUUUGAAAACUCAAUUGGGAUUUGAAGCAACUCAACCUGACCCAGCUAAAUCUAAUUCAAACCUAGAGAGAAAAGCACCGCCUCCAAGACCUCCUGCCCCAUCUUUAUUUAAAACUCGAACUGUUCAAUUAACACACGAAGAUCCACAACUGAAUUUGCAUCCAAAACUAGAAGCUAUUGCGACAGGUAUGAAUGAUCAUCCUUUCGGAAACGAUUUGAAUAAGAAUAUUGUUGGAGAGAAAAGAGAUGAUGUUUUGAUAUCAGCUUGGGAAGAUGAUGACAACAUUCUUAAUGAAAUCGAGACAGCUUCCAUACCCUCUUUUCAACAAAAAUUAAUUGAUAUUCCGGCAACUAGCGAAACUUUUACAAGCAAUAUUACUUGUUCAAAUUUACUUGACGAAUUCAAUUCUAUAUUUCCUCCAACUUUGAAUCAAAAUUCUUCUAGAAAUUCAGCUAAAAAUAAAAGUAUUGAUGAUUUGCUUAAUUUAGUGGAUCAGGAAAUUACUACAAAAACGGAAACGGCAGCAUCCACUGGACCAUCAAUUCAUCACAACAAAUCCACUCCAGAUUUUUUGUUCAACGAAGAAAACAAAAUGGGCAAUGAAUCUACUACUAAAUCUGCCAAUGAUAUUCUUGAUGAAUUUCUGUCUUCAACAAACUUGUCAUCAAAUAAUCCAGAUUAUUCAAGUAUACAUUUUACAAAAAUAGAAGCCAAACAAACUUCUGAAAAUGUAAAAAAGACGUCUUUAAAUUUUGAUGCAUUUGAUGAUUUACUUUCUGCGCAAGGGUUUAUUUCAUCAUCAAAGCAAUCAAACAAAACACUUUCUGCUAUGGUUAAAGAACGAGAUGCUAAGGGAAUGGAUCCUUUAGCUUUAAAGAUAAAAGAUUGGACGGAUGGGAAGCAAAGAAAUAUUCGAGCGUUAUUAGGCUCUUUAUCUCUGAUUCUUUGGGAUGAAGCUAAAAUUGUUUGGCAACAACCGAGUGUUGCUGAAUUAUUUGCUCCAGACAAGGUGAAGAAAUAUUACAGGAAAGCUUGUCUAGUAGUACAUCCUGAUAAACAAGCAGGAACGAUAAAUGAGCCUCUUGCUAAAGCUAUUUUUACAGAAUUAAAUGAUGCUUGGAAUGAAUUUACAAAAACAGCAUUUUAA